UGUCAAUCAGCUGUCUGCUAGUUUGACAACAAAAAAUGGUUGUUGUUUGUUUACAAUAAAUGUAUUUUACUGUUGUUUUCAAGUUACAUAGCUUAAUUUAAUGUUAGUAUUUGAGAAAAAAAAUGCGCAGAAUAAGAUUUAUGCUUUCUUUUAAUGACUUGAUAUUCUAACUUAUGCUAAAACCAGGAUCAUGGCAUGUAAUCUCAGCCCUGAGGUCAAAAAAGUCAUACUGAGGGUUCUGGAGUUCUGCAAGGAAGAAAAAAUGAACCGCACAACCAUAAUACCAUUAGCUAAAGUGAAUUUGCGUGUGGCGACUGCAACAGGGGUUUCCAUACACACAGUAUCAAACAUUAUUAGAGAUGCAAAAAUAGCAGCAGCCACUGGCACAAAAAUUGGAGCAGAAAAGAAGAGGAAACCAAGAAAUGACAAACUUAUAUUUAGUGACUUUGACCUAGACCUAAUUAGAGACAUAAUUAAGGACUAUUGUUUGGAACAUAAUGAAAUGCCAUCAAUAAAAAAACUGCUACCUCUGGUUAGAAAGCAAAUAGGAUACACAGGGGGCCAUGAAACUCUUAGAAAAGCUGUCAAGCAGAUUGGUUUUACAUAUUCCAGGGUAGCUAAAAACGAGUGGGCUACAAUAAAUGAAUCUGUAACUUUACUCCAUGCAGAACAUGAUUAUACUUUAAGUUAAAUAUGUGUUACUUGGUUUGGUUUAUGUUUCUUGAAUGCUGCUGUUUAU